AUGCAGCCGCCUAUCUGUCUCGGCCUCGGCCUCGGCCUCGUCCUCGGUCUCGUCCUCGGCUUCGACAUGUACGAGGACGAACGUUUUCGUAAAAAGCAGACAAAGCAAGGCCAAGUCGGGCGAAAAUAUGGGGGGGGUGAGGUGAGGUCGCAAAGUUACGUGACAGCCGACGCGGGGACACGGAAAGGGAAAAAAGGACGGUCGAACUGGUCGGCGGGCGCUAAUGGCAAGGACGGGAAAAAACUGCCGACUCCCUUGCGUUGUGAUUCUUGGCCCGAAAAGGACGAGCAUUGGGAUCAGGUUAUCGUCGGAAAAGUCUUUUACACGUGUACCAAGUAG